CGGUGGCGGCUGCUACUGCUCUGGGCAGGGCUGGGCAGGCGGAAAAAAAGAUCCGAACGGAUCCCAUCAGAUCCACCCCGACCAGGAGGGAUCCACCGGGCCAGCUUCGAGAAGGAGGAGAAGGACGGCGGAUGGGAAACCUGAAACAAGGCAUGAAAUAUUACUCAUGUUUACGGUCGCGCUGAGAGACUCCUCCCCCGUGUGCCAAUUUGGCUGCCUGAAAAGCUGGGGGUUUCACGUUUUGGGUAAUUGCCUCUGCCCCUGACUUAGGCAAACCUGAAAGGCAGGACUUCUGUAUGUGUAACCAAUGCGGACACAGAGCAAUUUAUACCUCAGAACACAAGGCUUGCUGAAGUCUAAAGGAUGGCUGAGGCCUUCAAGUAACUGAGUGAAGAUUCGACAUGGCAACCUUCCUGGCAGCUCAGAAUGCCCACUCUGUUCUCAAGCGCUUCCCUCGAGCCAAUGGCUUCUUGGAGGAAUUCCGGCAGGGUACCAUUGAGCGGGAGUGUGUCGAGGAGAUCUGCAGCUAUGAGGAGGUCAAGGAGGUGUUUGAAAACAAGGAGAAGACGAUGGAGUUUUGGAAAGGUUACGCCUAUUCUGUCAAGGAUCCCACAGAAGGCACAGGCCGCUCAGAUGCCAUGUACGUUGUAGUGCCCUUGCUAGGUGUCGCUCUGCUUAUAGUCAUUGCUCUGUUCAUCAUAUGGCGGUGUCAGCUCCAGAAGGCCACACGCCACCGUCCUUCUUAUGCCCAGAACCGCUAUUUGGCCAGCCGAGCGGGCCGUAGUCUCCCCAGGGUGAUGGUGUACCGAGAGGCCUCGCACAGUCAAAGCGAAGCCCACUGCCAGCGGGACCCAGGCAGCAGAGGGGCUGGCAAUGGCCGAUGGGCCCUCGGGCCAGCCAGCCAGCAAGACAGCACCCUUCAUUCCUCCGAUCCUUCCACCUCUGUCCUGAUGAGAUUGUCAAGUGCGACCCCACCGCCUUCGUACGAGGAAGUGACCGGGCAUCCUGAGAACAGCAGUGGCGAGGAGACCAGCCUGUCCUACAGUGACCCACCACCCAAGUAUGAGGAGAUUGUGGCUGCCAUUCCUGGCCCAGGGAAAUAGUAGCCUGGUGCUGCUCUCCAUAUUUAUGUUCGACCAGAAGAUGCCAUCACGGAGAAGCCUUAUCCUUCACACUCACCAAAAACUCCAGUGAUAGCAGAUUCCAUGAAGGCCCUUCCCUUUUCCAGCAGGGGGUGCUGCAGAAAUGGUCAACGUUCCAGUGAGCUCAGCUUUCUAGUCUCCUGUGUGUGCUGUUAUGGAAGGCUGGGGGAGGGUACUGACGCUCUUGGUGCUCCGUUGCGGAGAGACUUCUUGUGAGAAUACAACACUUUUGCCUUGGGGGUAGUUUAGGGAUGUUGCUCUUGGUGUUUGCCAAGGAGUAGCAAUGCUGCUGUUCCCUCGUGUACUAUAAGAGGAGGUGGCUAGCUAUGUACCAGGCUUGGGUUUUUCACAGUAUGGGGUCUCCAGAAAAGGGGUGUUAUAUUGCCCUGUAUUUGCACCUGCUUCACUGCUCUUGCCAGAGCUCACCUGGGCCUGCUGAGUGCACACCUGUUGGGAGGGAUACGGCUCUUGGGAGUCUGGGCAUCUGGGUCUCAACAAGCUUCUGGCUCGGCCUUUUUUGUGCCCUGGGAGAAGAGCCGGCUGGGCUGCACUUUGCUUCUUACUUGCUCACUGCUGAAGUGUGCUUGUCUUGGGAUGUGUUUGGCCACUUCUUAUAUGUGCCAGAUGUGUGGUGGUGUGUAUCAUUUCCUCUUCUGCAGAACACAGCUUUGCACAACAAAAGGAAUGGAUUGGGGAGGGGAAAGCACUGGGACAUGUUGCCGCUCACUGCCCCUUCUUCCCUCCUUUCCCACCAAUGUUUUCCUCUUCUUGGGCCCAGCAGGCAGAGAAAGCUCUGGGUCUUGCUGACGUAGCCCAAAGUGAAGCUUCUUUUAGUGUGUCUCAUAUUCUUUGUGUUGGUGGUCACCACUCUCUUCAUGUCUCUGUGAAACUGUGGGAUGGGAGGAGGCUUGCUGCUAUGUCUGUCUCUUUCAAGCUGCUGGAUGAGACCAGUGACCUCGUUUUUGCCUUCAGUGAACCAAGGCCUGGUUCUCCCCACCCUCCUUGUUGCUUAGUAAUGCACGUAUUCCUCCUCCCUGUUCUUGUAGAAACUUCUGGAGCUUCUGCUCCUUGUUUUGAGGGCGUGUGGAACUGGAUGCUUGUCGGAGUCCCCCUGAUAGAACUUCUUUCCACCCCGUUUUGCUGGCUUCAAGUACCAUAUAUAUCCUUGAGGAAGGGAUCAUACUUAAAAAGGGAGUUUCAUGGGAAGUUGCCUUAAGCUGAAUCGGAUCACUGGUCCAUCAAGGUCCGUGUUGUCUUCUUAGAGUGGCAGCAGCUUCCAGAGACUCAGGCAGAAGUCAUUCAUGUCACCAGUGGCCUGGCCCUUUUAACUGGAGAUGCCAGGAAUUGGACCUGAGAUUGUCUGCAAAGCAGAAGCUCCUCAACUUCAUAACCUGAGUGGUUAAUAUCCAGUCAAUCUGAAUAGAAAGAAAGGAUGAAGCCAUCUGUAUUAGUGACUCUUCAACCUCCCUCUCAACUCUUCUUUGUUAGCUGAGCCUUCCUUCACAGGCUUUUUCCUGUCACCCAUAUCUCCUUUUAGAUUUUUGGAACUGGCCACUGGAGCUCGCUGACAUGGCAUCCUGUCAACACAUGUGUUCUGGGAGUUCCAGGUGUGGAACUGAGUUCCCAGGUGUGUGCAGGCCUAAUUUGGAUUGGGAUUAUGGGAAGAGGAGGUUUAGCCUUUCUUGGUGUUCUUUCCUCAUCUGGAAACGGCACCUGGGGAGCUGCUGUUUGCCCUAUUGGGAAAAUGUAUGGAUGGUUACAUAUAAGUUUCCCCAGAGAGGCUAAUAGCAGUUCCACCAGUAAUUUCAAGUUUGGAAAAUAAUGCAGGACAGGGAAGCGAUAUUUCUUUCUAUCUGUAUGCUGCUGUUCCAAUCUGAACACCAACAGAACCCAUGGCAGAUAGGAGGACACGUCUGAUUGGCUCUUCCCACUCCGUUUUGUGUAUUUUUUUGCUGUACAUUCCAUCAUCUUUUAUUUCUUUCUUAGCAGCUAUCCCCCAUUUGUCUGUACCUUUCUGAGAAGGUGGUGACCCACCCAGAAUAAGAUACGGCUUUGGAUCCUAUGACAUUGUCACCCUUGCUCUGCUCUCCGGUGGCUGUGAGGGGACUCCUUAGUGUCAGCACUCACUUUCCCUGCUGUUAUCACUUCUGCAUGUGUCAGAACUCCUUGAAAAACAUGGAUCCUGGGCACAUGGAAAAGGAAACAAGUGCGGUAGUGGAGGAAAGGCUCUGCUUCAGCUGGAGAGAAGAGCAGGAGGGACAUGGCCAUAUAGAUCCAAGCCCCAGUACCCCAGCAGAGGUGUAGGCCUGCAGGUAAUAUGUCUGGUUCCUCUUACAUGAUGCUUCUUUUCAUGUCACAGACAAACGGGGCUUGUCUCCUUCUGCAGCAUGGCAUGAGUGGCUCAGGUUCAACAUGUGCUCAGUGGUCCCCCCAACACACUUUCUUCUCAAUGGUGCUAAAGCUUAGUCAGGUAUUGCCAACAGUGUUUACAUAUAUGUUGCUUCCCCCUCCCCCUGUGGAUUUUUUAAAAAGCAAAGUGUAACAUGAGAAAUGAAGUAUUUUUUUUGUUUAGUUUUACAUAGAGCCAAAUGUUUGUCAUGGAACUGAUGCAAACAAAUCAACACCUAAUGGAAAUCUGGCUUUUAAAUAAGUCCUGUGGUUGGAAGAUUUCCACCAUCCUUUACUGUGCAGACUCAAAGGAGGUGUAAUAUAAAUGAGGACAGAACAAGAAAUAAAAGACCAAAAAUUGUCAGUUACUCCUUUUCCUUCCCACCCUAGGUGAGGAUUUCCCCAAAGUUUGGAGUGGGGGGGCGGGGGCAAAAGACCUAUGAACAUGAGGCAGCUCCUGCAGGAAUCUCCUUGGGGGAUCUCUGAAUAUUGGACAUGGAUCCUAUCAGGGAAGAUCCAUUCAUUAGCCUGUGAGUGGGUAUGUCAGCUGCUCAGGGUCAGAGAGGGAGACUGGCUUCUAAUUUCCCAUCACACUGUUUACAACAAAGAACGACGCAUUGGGGCCUUGCUUGCCUCUCACCCUGCAUAUUUUGGGCUCUCUAGUGCCUCCUUUCUCCCUGUUUCUUUUUAUUCUUCCCCUUUUAUGCUGAGGUUAGCAGCAUAAAUAUUAACCAAAGAAAGCUCUAGACUUUUUUUUUUGUUUGAAAACCAGGAAAGAACUGAAAAGUAUUUAUUCAUUGCCUCAGCAAAACCUUCUUCCAAAACAAAAUAAAAAACAACAACCACAACAGGCAAGCCAUUUUGGAGACACAACUAGCUCUUUCAUGGUCCAUCCUUCAGGCCGGGAUGGUGGAUGACAUGUAGGCUAAAUGUGGAAGUGAUGCUGCUGGUGGUUUGGCUUUACAGGUGCGUGCAUGUUCUAUAUUUAAAUUUCUAAUCACCUUCUGACCCAUUUCAGGCCUUCAAGGCAGCUUGUCAGUACAGUUACACUGGUAUUGGACAUUUCAGGAGUUCAGAGACUUCAGCUGUAUUGAAUUUCACAGCAGCCUAGUGAAAGAGGCUGUUAUUACAGUUAUUAUAGUAAUAAUGUAGUAAUUUUUACUGUUGUCAUUACAGUAGUAAUGCAGGUGAGGCAAGAUGUGAUCCAGGAACUUCCUAGCUUUGAACACAUGUGGUCAUUUGACAGGGCUUUUCAAUGCAAACAUGAAAAAUCAUAUCCGCAUAAAUUGCAAGCUGUGCAUCUUUGCAGGCACAGAGUCUUGGGUGAGGGCUACCUGGAACAUUUUAGCCACAGGGUGGGUUCCUGCUCCUCAGAAUCCUGAAUUUAUGGCAGGAGAUCUUUUUGAAAUGGCACUGCUGCAAGAUUGACCUUCCAUGCAGAUUUCCUUGAGGGCUGACUUUCAAAACGUGAUUGUGUGAAUCCAUUCCUGAGAUGCAGCAUCACUUCGUACAAUUACCGUUUUGUUAAUAGUGUGGGAUGCUUCACCUUUCCCCAAAGAUUUCGUAGAAGUCAGGCAGCUGGAAGACAGCCCUCCCUCCAGGGUAUUCAGACAUAAAACGUGCAGUGUUUGUCUACAUCAGGUCUCCCACCCCCACCCCAUCCACUGUGAAAUAUGACAGUGAGCUGCUGGUUUGUGGCCUUUCUCAUAUUCAGGCUUCUGGACCUACCACGCUCUGAGCCUGCCCUGCUGUUGGUGUGUGUGCCUCCCUCUCUCCCUCAGAGUCUUUGCUGCCAGGAUUGUAAAUGACGUGACAGAGAAUAUCCCUGGAGGACUGACUGGAAAGAGGGGAAAGCCUCUGCCAUCCUCUGCAGCUUUCAUGGUACCAAACCCUACAGUUGAUACUCUGUAAAGCCCGGUCUAUUUCUGUGAAAAGAAAUUUAUUAAAAAACAAACAACACUUGCAGUUCUA